AUGCCACCAUCAAACACACCAGGCCUUGCCGAUAUCGAACAGCUCAAGUUGCAAGAACUCAAGGAUGUCAACAAGGAGUUGACAGAGGAGAACAAGAUCCUUAGGGCAAACCAGCCAAAGCGCAAGAAGAAGGGUCAAAACAUCUUCGAGGAAAGCAUGGCCUUUGAUGAAGAAAUCUGCUUAUGCGGUCACAAGUAUGGUGCCUGCUAUGAAAUGUUUGCACCAGACAGGCAACUUCUUCAGUGUCCCAAUCCUACAUUCCCUCCACCUCUCAAUAAACUGUCACGCUAUGAAACGCUAGCCUCCACAGAGUCAGCCUUGCUUGCAGAGCUAUUCGGUCUACUUCCAUCGCACAUCCACCCUCUUGUCGCAGAUAACCACUUCUCUGAUGUUUAUUUUACUGAUACAACAUACAAUCAAGCAAGUGUCUCUGAGAUCCAGCAUCUCCUUGGUACCUCUACAUCACAAUGCAUGCCCAAGCCCUUCCCACCUAUCCUUUUUCCGAACCUGGUCGAAGAUACAUCACUGCGAACACUCUUUGGAAACUGGGAAGUAUUUGCAAAGAUUAUCCAGAUACUACUGUGGGGCGAAAAUGGUUUGACCGCGCUUCGAGCAGGAGGACCACCACGCAAUGGUAAUAAGUGGGAGGUGACAUCUUUGACACCUGGUUUGUUGGCAUGGGCAGGAGUUGUUGCUAUUUUUCUACUCAGUGCUGACAAGGAGUUUCACUAUUCCGGCAAGGGUGAGACUACGAAGAUUCAGUACAACUAUAUGUUCUCCUCGUAUAAGAAGGUUCUCAUCAAGAACUGGAAUAUGGAAUACACACGCAACAUUGUGAAGAUGCUCAAUAAUUUCAUUUUCUCUAAAGGUUUGAGAAUGGCUGAUUCAAUGUCGGACGAAGAGGAUUUCACAGCAGCAAUGGAUCAUGCCUUAGUGGGUGUGACUGAAGGUGAGGAGAGCACUGCACAGCCUGAACCACCACGAUCCAUUACAGAGGACAUUAUGGAUGAAACAGUUGCUGAUGUUGAGGUUAACAGGGAUGGACACAGAGCUAGUAGUCCUCUUAUGGAGCCUGAUGAGGAUGAAGUUCAUGUUGUAGUACCUACUGCUACAGUCAGAGGCUGUCGAGGGGGCAGGGCAGCCAGACGUACUGUAUCUAACACGACCCGCAAUACUCGCACUACUAGUACUUAG